AUGAUGGUGGUAGAAGCAAUGGAGGGUGUGGAAGAAGGUGUUCGUGUUGGAGGAGAACUGUGGAAGGAUGUAAAGUUCCCGGACGAUCAAGGUAUGGUGGCAGAGACGAAAGAAAGUCUUCAAAAGUUGAUGGACGCAGCAAGCAGAGUUGGAAAGGCCUACGACAUGAAGAUCAAUGUGAAAAAAACGAAAGUGAUGAGAGUUUGCCGGAAAGGAAGCGAAAUGGAAGGAGGCAAUGCGGUACACAUAGUAAUAGACGAAGAAGAGGUGGAGCAAGUGAAGCAGUUCCGAUACUUAGGAUCGCUGAUUUCGGAGGAUGGUACAUGCGACGGAAAUCAGGUGUAGGAUCGCAAUGGCCAAGGAUGCAUUCAAUAGGAGGAGAGAGUUGCUCACGAAGCGAAUGAACAAAGACCUCAAGAAGAAGAUCAUCAAGACGGUGGUGUGGAGUGUCGCUCU